AUGCCGGAAACUGAAAUGAGUGGUUUGAAAGAACUUUUAAAGAAACGCAGUACGAUUAAAGGUCGUUUAACUAAAUUUAGAGAAUAUAUAACGGUUUUAAAUCAAAUUAAACCUGCAGAUUUAACUGGUGCUCAAGUAAAAGAAAUUUCAUUGAGAUUAACUAAAUUCCAAGAGUUGUUUACUAGUUUUGAUGAAUUGCAAGAUCAAAUUGAACUUUUAAGUACCGACCAGGAUGAACAAAUUAGAGAAAGAGACUUCAUAGAAUCUCAAUUUUAUUCUUUGAUAUCGACUGCGCAGGAAAUAAUCGAUUCGAUUUCUCAAAGCAGGGAUCGAGCCGAGGGUUCUGUAAAUUCCAAGCCAUCAGGCACUUGUUCUCAUGCUCUUAAUACAAUCAAAUUGCCUACGAUUAAACUCCCGAAUUUUGACGGGAACUACUUAAAAUGGCUGGAAUUUAGAGAUACGUUCGACUCGUUAAUCAAUUCUAAUGAUACUAUACCUACGAUAAACAAAUUCCAUUACUUGAGGUCUGCUUUAGAAGGCAGUGCUACUGUUGUUAUAAAAUCCAUAGAAUUUACCUCUGCGAAUUACAGGGUUGCGUGGGAUUUAUUAUGCGAAAGAUAUAAUAAUAAAAAUAUUUUAAUAAACAAUCAUCUAAAGGCAUUGUUCAAUAUCGAACCUAUAACGCGAGAGUCUUACAAGGCUUUGCGUUAUCUUAUUGAUCAAGUAUCUAAAAAUUUAAGAGCACUCGGAACGUUAGGCUUACCUACUGAGCAAUGGGACGUUUUGGUUAUAUUUAUGAUGUCAUCUAAAUUAGAUAUUAAUACAAAUAGAAAAUGGGAGGAAUACAAAGGUAACCUCUCCGAUUUACCUACGUUACUUGAAUUUAAGACUUUUCUUCGUAAUCGCGCGGAUGUGUUAGAAACCACUCAAGGUACCCGCUCGGAUAAACACACCCAUGACUACAAGUCUAAUUAUAAGUCACAACAAUCUUCUAAAUCAUUAGUCGCUGCUAAUACGGAAGUGUCAAAACGGAUUGUAUGUAGUAUAUGUAAGAAGGACCACCGUGUGUAUUUGUGUCCCGUCUUUUUAGAAAUGAGCUUGGAGGACAGACAGAGUGAGGUAAAUAAAUUAAAAUUAUGUUCAAACUGUCUCCGCGAAGGGCACAAUGCGCACAGGUGCCGUUUAAAGGGUUGUUGUAGGUCAUGCAAGGGGAAACAUAACAGUUUACUCCAUAAAGAAAUUGCAGAGGUUUUGAAGGCUGCACCCGUCUCUUUGGCAAUAGCUGGCGCAAAAGAAGUGCUACUGUGUACCGCUCUUGUAGAUAUAGUUAAUCCACAGAACAAUAGCUGUCAAAGGGCUCGAAUAUUAUUAGAUACUGGGAGUCAAUCCUGCUUCAUGACUACUAAUUUCAAAAAUAAAAUGGGUUUAUCUGUAAAUCGAGUGAAACCUGUAAACGUAUCGGGUAUAAAUAAUAUCGGUUUUGAUAUAUCUGAGCGUUGCUAUGUCCAAUUGAAUUCUAGAGUAUCUUCCUUUACGGCUAAGUUAACAUGCCUCAUUGUACCUAGGAUUACCGGUAGCGUGCCUAAUAACAAAAUUGAAUUGCAGAACUUGAAGUUACCAUUAAACAUUGAGCUGGCCGACCCUGCAUUUUAUCAACCAGCUGAUAUUGACAUACUUAUAGGCGCAGAUGUUUUUUGGGAUAUUAUAGGUACACAACAGAUCAAGUUAGGUCAAGACAAGCCUACGUUGCUAGAUUCUAAACUGGGGUGGCUUGUGUCUGGCCCAGUAGGUAAAAGUACUUGUAACGAUAAUUUUAUGUGUAAUUUUAAUCAAUUAGAUAUUUAUGAAAGUAUGAAAAGAUUCUGGGAAGUAGAAGAGUUACCUACGACCAAAAAUAAUUUAUUCUCUGUAGAAGAGCAAUUAUGUGAAACUCAUUUUGUAAAUAACACUUCAAGGUUAAGUAAUGGUAGAUUUUCAGUUAAAAUGCCGUUUAAAGAAUCACCUGAAGAUUCUUUGGAAUAUCAGGAAUUGGGACAUUUAUCAGAGGUUGAUCGACCUUCAUUUGCUUUUUAUUUACCUCACCAUGCGGUAGUACGUGAGGAGAAGGAAACUACAAAAGUGAGAGUCGUGUUCGAUGCGUCUGCUAAAUCAUCUUCUGGAAAGUCACUAAAUGAUAUCCAAUUGAUAGAAAUAGAUAACUCUCAACGUCAUUUACAGCUUAUCUUGUGGCGCGAAGAUGAGGAACAGCCUCUCAAAAUAUUAAAAUUAAACACUGUCACUUACGGUAUGGCUUCUGCUCCUCAUUUGGCCACUAGAUGUCUCUUGCAAUUGUCUCAGGAAUGCAAUGAUGAAACUGUUGCUAAUGUAAUUAAACGCGAUUUUUACAUGGACGAUCUGAGUACAGGUUCAAAUAGUGUCGAUGAGCUCAGAAAAAUAUACAACGGUGUCACUCAAACUUUAGAGUCUGCAUGUUUUCCUUUGCGCAAAUUUCGCACAAACUGCUCUGAAUUGUUUGAAAAUCAAACUGAUGUGUGCGAGGUUCGUGACUGGAACAAACAAUCUAGCGUCCUAGGUCUUAACUGGUCACCCAAAUCGGACACGCUUUUCUUUUCUACAGAUAUACCGGUUGACAAUGUUAUCACGAAAAGGACAGUUACUUCCAUGACCUGCAAGAUUUUUGAUCCGUUGGGUUUAUUAUCAGCAAGCAUUAUAAAGUCAAAAAUCUUUCUUCAACAAUUGUGGAGUAAUAAAAUCGAUUGGGAUCAGCCUCUUCCUAGUGACGAAGCUGGUAAAUGGACUUCUUUUAUUCAAAAUUUGGCUCAAUUGUCAUCAAUAGUAAUACCUAGGCAUGUGUUAAAAUAUACUGAUUGUGACAUUGAUCUGCAUUGCUUUGUGGACGCAUCUCAGCACGCAUAUGGGGCCACUGUGGUAAUCGAAAUAAACGAUCUUACUAAGGAAUUCGCAUGGAUGCACGUACCAACAGAUCAGAAUCCUGCUGAUUUAGUGUCCAGAGGGAUUGACCAGCAGCAGCUUCAGGAUUCUACUUUGUGGUGGCGAGGUCCUUCCUUCUUAGCGAAGGAAGAAUCUGAGUGGCCUAUUCAAGGGUCCUUUGCAACUAAUAACUUACCAGAGUUAAAAGUAUUUACAUGUACGAAAGUGGACACUAAAAUUAAUAACUGUUCAGUUGUAAAAUUCGAAAAAUAUUCUCGAUAUGAUAAAUUAAAGAGGAUCGUAGCUUAUGUCUUGAGAUUUAUAAAUAAAUGUCGUAAAAAUGCUGUAAGUAAUGAUGUAAUUGAACCUGAGGAACUGGAGAACUCGUUAAUGUUGUUAGUUAAGCAAGCUCAGUUAGAAUCGUUUGCUAAUGAACUUUAUACUAUUGCUAAAGAUAGAAGUUUGCCUCUUAAGUCUAAAUUACUGCCUUUAGAUCCAUUUAUAGAUACGUUAGGAAUUCUCCGAGUAGGUGGUAGGUUGCAAAAUUCAAAAUUUGAUUUCAAUAAAAAGCAUCCUAUUUUAUUAGACGGCAAACAUCAUUUUUCUAAAAUACUCAUGAGGCAUGAACACUUUCGUUUACUUCAUGCUGGUCCACAGUUAUUACUAGCUGCGGUACGCGAAGAGUUUUGGCUUAUCGGGGGCAGAAACUUAGCUCGCAGCGUAACGAGAAAGUGCAUUGUUUGUGCGCGUAUGCGUGGUCAAGUGAUAAAACCUAUAAUGGGUACUUUACCGUCUGUAAGAGUAUCCUCAAGCUUUGCUUUUGAUACUUGCGGAAUUGAUUUCGCUGGGCCUUUUUUAAUUGCUAGCAAAAAGGGUCGUGGCAGUAAUAUAACCAAAUGUUUCCUUGCACUGUUUGUUUGUCUUCAAACAAAGGCUCUGCACUUAGAGACGGUGAGCUCAAUGUCUAGCGAUGCUUUUCUUCUUUGCCUACGCAGGUUUGUGUCUCGACGGGGCAGACCUCAAGUAAUUUACUGCGAUAAUGGUACUAAUUUUGUGGGUGCAAAGAAUGAAUUAGGUAGGGUUCUUAAAGCCAGCUGUCAGUCCGUGUCCGAUUACGCAAGCGCUGAAAAGAUUAAGUUUGUAUUCAGUCCCGCAUACGCGCCUCAUUUCGGAGGAAUCUGGGAGGCUGGUAUUAAGUCAGCAAAGAGCCAUUUAAAACGUGUAGCAAGCAAUGCUUCUCUGACGUUUAGGGAACUAGCGGCGCUUUUUACCCAAAUAGAAGCAAUCCUUAAUUCCCGCCCGCUAUCUCCUCUUUCGUCAGACCCCACUGAUCUAUAUCCAUUGACUCCAGGACACUUUUUGAUUGGGCGACCUCUGAUGUCGGUACCGUCACUGCCUGUCACCACUAAAAGGCCUAACAGAUAUGAGUUUAUUGAGCAGCUGAGACAACACUUUUGGGAGCGUUGGCGCAGGGAGUUCAUCGCUGAGCUCCAGCAACGAACGAAAUGGCGAACUCGGCAGCGUGACCUUCAAAUCGGCGACAUGGUUGUCCUGAAAGAAGACCAAUUACCUCCACUACGAUGGUGCCUUGGGCGCAUUACUCGAUUGUACCCUGGUCCAGAUGGCAUAAACAGAGUAGCCGAUAUCUUCACAGCAAAAGGAACCACGAGGAGAGCAUUCAAUAAAAUAUGCCUUCUUCCAACAUCUCCGGAUGCCUAA